AAAAACAAUCCAUAUAAAUAAAUAAAAGUAUACACGUCUCUCCCCAAUGGAUGAUCACAUUGAGAAGAUGAUUCAAGAACAAGAACCAAUGGCUGAGACCAUGCCAAAUGUUAUAACGGCGAUGUCAUCUCUCCUACAAAGGGUUUCAGAGAUGAACGAUGAUCUGAGCCGUCCGUUAUGGGAGCACCAGAGGAUCUCAGCUUUCAGUGCAUUGACCAAACCUUCUAUAUCGGUCAGAAGCUAUAUGGAGAGGAUCUUCAAGUACGCAAACUGUAGCGACUCGUGUUACAUAGUCGCGUAUAUAUAUUUGGACCGGUUCAUACAAAAGCAGCCUUUUGUGCCUAUUGACUCCUUUAAUGUCCAUAGGCUCAUCAUUACGAGCGUCUUGGUCUCUGCCAAAUUCAUGGAUGACUUGUGCUACAAUAACGCAUAUUAUGCAAAAAUUGGAGGAAUAACCACAGAGGAGAUGAACUUGUUAGAGCUGGAUUUCUUAUUUGGAAUUGGAUUCCAGUUAAAUGUGACGUUGUCUACUUACAACAACUAUUGUUCUUCACUACAGAGAGAGAUGGAUAUGAGGAACAUGUACUCUCCGCUUUUAGAGCCUUCUUUCUUGACUCUCAAGAGUCUUCAGAUCAGUUUGUAUGACGAAGAUUCACUAUCUAUUCAUCAGAAUAACCAACUCACAACAGCUGUUUGAUACAUUAGAUCAUUUUGUGAUAUUAUGUAACCUUGUGUUGAAGGAUAUUUUACAACA